AUGUCGGACGGUCACUUCUUCAACAACAUCUCCCUUGGCGGCCGCGGUGGCACCAAUCCUGGCCAGAUCAAGAUUACCUCGGCUGGUAUACAGUGGAAGAAACAGGGAGGUGGUAAAGUUGUGGAAGUUGAUAAAUCUGAUGUUUCUAGAUUGUCCUGGACAAAGGUACCAAGAAGCAAUCAACUUGGUGUCCGUAUCAAGGAUGGAUUGUACUACAAGUUUACUGGCUUCCGUGACCAGGAUGUUAGUAGCUUGACCAAUUUUUUCCAAAGCAAUUUUGGAAAAACUCCAGAAGAGAGGCAACUUUCAGUCAGUGGACGCAACUGGGGGGAGGUUGACUUAAGUGGCAAUAUGCUCACUUUUAUGGUUGGCUCAAAGCAAGCAUUUGAGGUAUCCUUGGCAGAUGUUUCACAAACUCAGAUGCAAGGCAAAAACGAUGUCAUCUUGGAGUUCCAUGUGGAUGACACAACAGGAGCUAAUGAGAAAGACUCACUGAUGGAAUUGAGUUUUCACAUUCCCACUAAUAACACUCAAUUUGUUGGUGAUGAGAACCGUCCUGCUGCUCAGGUCUUCCGUGAAAAGAUUAUGUCGAUGGCGGAUGUUGGUGCUGGGGCUGAAGAGGCUGUCUCCCUGUUUGAGAAUAUUACUGUUCUGACGCCAAGGGGUCGGUACAAUGUGGAACUUCACCUAUCAUUCUUGCGUCUCCAAGGGCAGGCCAACGAUUUCAAAAUUCAAUACAGCAGCGUAGUUCGUCUUUUUUUACUUCCGAAGUCUCACCAGCCACAUACUUUUGUUAUAGUUACUCUUGAUCCACCCAUCCGAAAAGGACAAACUCUAUAUCCACAUAUUGUCUUUCAGUACGAUACAGAACUAGUUGUUCAACAAACAUUAUCAAUUAGCGAUGAGCUUUUGAAUGGAAAGUACAAGGGCAAAGUGGAGGCAUCUUAUAAGGGACUUAUACAUGAAGUGUUCACUGCAAUACUACGAGGUUUAUCUGGUGCCAAAGUAACGAAACCAGGGAAAUUCCGGAGCUGUCAAGAUGGGUAUGCUGUGAAGUCAUCCUUGAAGGCUGAAGAUGGGCUCCUUUAUCCUCUUGAAAAGAGCUUCUUCUUCCUACCUAGGCCUCCAACCCUGAUUCUUCAUGAGGAGAUUGACUAUGUGGAAUUUGAGAGGCAUGCUGCUGGGGGCUCAAAUAUGCACUACUUUGAUCUCCUAAUUAGACUAAAGACUGAGCAAGAACAUCUGUUCCGGAACAUCCAGCGGAAUGAGUACCAUAAUCUGUAUAGCUUCAUCAGUGGGAAGGGUUUGAAGAUAAUGAACUUUGGAGAUAUGAAAGCUGCAAAUGGGGUGGCAGCUGUUCUACAGAAUGAUGAUGAUGAUGACGCGGUUGAUCCUCAUCUCGAGCGCAUUAAAAAUGAAGCUGGUGGGGAAGAUAGUGAUGAGGAGGAUUCCGACUUCGUUGCUGAUAAAGAUGACGGAGGCUCACCUACAGAUGAUUCUGGAGAUGAUUCAGAUGGCAGCAACAGCGGAAAUGAGAAAGAGGGUGCUCAAAUGCAGAAGCCUAUUAAAAAGGAUUCUGCAAAGGAAGCUUCAUCUUCCAAGCCCAUGUCCAAGGGAAAGAAAGUCAGAGAAGGGGAGGAAGACGGCUCGAAGAAGAAGAAACCGAAGAAGAAGAAGGAUCCCAAUGCACCGAAGAAGGCUCUGUCUGGUUACAUGUUCUUCUCCCAAACCGAAAGAGAGAGUGUAAAGAAAAGUAACCCUGGGAUUGCAUUCGGGGAAGUUGGCAAAGUGCUCGGAGAUAGGUGGAGGGCGAUGUCAGCCGAGGAAAAAGAGCCAUACGAAGAGAUGGCUCGAGCGGACAAGAUACGUUACAAAGACGCAUUGAGUGGUUACAAAAACCCACAGCCGAUGGACAUAGACUCCGAACACGACUCUGCGAGUUCGUAA